AUGAAGGAGAGGGAGAACCUGAGGAAGCUGAAGGCUCUCCGUCGGUGCCGCCGCCGGUACGGCGUGGAGGCUCUGCUUCACCGACAGCUCCGAGACGGGAGACAGGCUGUCACAGAAGGAUGCUCCUCCUCAGGCGAUGAGGUCAGAGGUGUAUCUUCGCUGUUCUAACCAAUGACACGACACUGCAUCUCUCACAUCUACCAGGACUGUAACCAGGUACUGUUCAAGAUGUGUCAGAGGCUGAGUCAGGCUCUGGGCCAGUCAGAGGAGCCUCUCUGCCCCCUGCACCUCUCCCUGCCUCCCCCCCAUGUACCAGCCUGAACAGGAGACGGCCCUGAACCCAGAGCAGCUGGAUGCAGUACUACCCAGAGACAUGUACCUGAGUGCUGCAGAGCUACAGACCACGGAGGGCCUGCCGCUAGAGUUCAGUGACGACCUGGAUGUAGUGGGGUGUCCCGUGUCCCCUCUGAUGUUUGACACGACCCUGGCUCUGGAGGACCAGACCAUCAGGGCCAUCGCUGAGGGUCCCAUGGACACGACCCUGGCUCUGGAGGACCAGACUAUCAGGGCCAUCGCUGAGGGUCCCAUGGACACGACCCUGGCUCUGGAGGACCAGACUAUCAGGGCCAUCGCUGAGGGUCCCAUGGACAUGACCCUGGCUCUGGAGGACCAGACCAUCAGGGCCAUCGCUGAGGGUCCCAUGGACACGACCCUGGCUCUGGAGGACCAGACUAUCAGGGCCAUCGCUGAGGGUCCCAUGGACAUCCUGACCCGGGGUGGAGCUGGACGCUUCGGGACACGACGACUCUGCUGA